AUGGCGACGCUUUCUCCGCAGAUCCGUGGACUUCCUACAGAUGAGGACGAGACCAGGAUUCUCAAAGUUAAAGUCAUUUCUGGAAUUGGUUUGGCAAAAAAAGACUUACUGGGAGCCAGUGACCCCUACACAAGAUUGUCUCUGUAUGAUCCAGUUAAUGGAGAAAUAACAAGUCUUCAAACUAAGACAAUAAAAAAGACUCUGGAUCCAAAAUGGAAUGAAGAAUUCUUUUUCAGAGUCGAUCCCAGUCAGCAUCGCCUUCUGCUGGAAGUGUUUGAUGAAAAUCGCCUGACUCGCGAUGACUUCUUGGGACAGGUGGACGUGCCCCUAAACCAGAUCCCUACUGAAAAUCUUAAUUCAGAAAGACCAUACACAUUCAAGGAUUUUCUGCUUCAUCCCCGAAGUCACAAGUCAAGGGUAAAGGGUCAUCUCCGGCUAAAAAUGACAUACCUUCCCAAAAACCCAGACCAAACCCAGGACCCCGCUGAUCAAUCUGAAGAUGUGGAUCAGCCUGCUUGGGAGUAUCUCGAGUCUCAGGACAUGUCAGGUCCGAGGCAGAGCCAGGUCCUUCCUGCACUGCCCCCUGGCUGGGAGGAACGGCAAGACAACCUUGGAAGAACCUAUUAUGUGAACCACGAGAGCAGAACCACUCAGUGGCAGCGGCCCACUCUUCAGGAAAAUGGUGUGGAGUUGCAAAGGAGACAAAGCAGUAAUGUUGAAGCUGAGCAUGCCUUUAACACGCGAAGACAAAUUUCAGACCCUGAAGACCAGAACGCACAAGAGUCAUCAGAGAGCUGGGAGGUCAUACCUGAGGAAGAGUCUACUUCAUAUUACAACAGUAAUCCGGUGUUGUCCCCUCGAACACAUUCACCAGUCCGGAUUCACUCAUUUUGCAAUGAUAUGAGCAACAUUCACAUUUCGGGAGCAACUGUAGCAAACCAGCAAAGCUCCAGUCCAAGUAACUCGCGCCAUUCCAGUCUUAGAAGCAGCACCAGAUCCUCCACUGGGGAGGAUCAUCCUGUCAACUCUGUGCCUCCUCCAGUCACACCUGGGUUACCCGGGGGCUGGGAGGAGAAGCGAGACAAUAAAGGAAGACGCUACUACGUGAAUCAUCUCAGUCGAACCACUACAUGGACACGCCCUGUUCUUCAGAGAGCUCGUGAAGGAUCGUCCCCGCAGAGGGAGCAGGGUCCAUUCCAAAGCCCUGGAACAUCACAGUCAUCUGUGGAGGAGAGUCCUCAGCCAGUCCAGGCUCCAGAGCCCACACCUGACCCAUCAGGGACACUGCCCAACGGGUGGGAGGUCCGCAGUGCUCCCAACGGGAGACCCUUUUUCAUCAACCAUAACACAAAGACAACCACUUGGGAAGACCCACGGCUCAGGAUUCCAGUGCAAAUGAGGAGGAGGGCCUCACUCGACCCCUCAGAUCUCGGCGCUCUGCCGCCUGGUUGGGAGGAAAGAGUUCAUUCUGAUGGCCGUAUAUUCUACAUAGAUCAUAAUACCAGAAUCACUCAAUGGGAGGAUCCCAGACUGCAGAACUCGGCCAUAGCUGGACCAGCAGUGCCAUAUUCCAGAGACUACAAACAGAAGUAUGAUUACUUCAGAAAGAAACUAAAGAAACCAGCUGAUAUCCCAAACCGCUUUGAGAUGAAACUGAGACGUGCUGCAGUACUGGAGGAUUCCUAUCGGCGGAUCCUGUCAGUGAAGCGGCCGGAGCUGCUCAAGGCUCGACUGUGGGUGGAGUUUGAGGGAGAGAAGGGUCUGGACUAUGGAGGAAUAGCCAGAGAGUGGUUCUUCAUGAUGUCCCGAGAGAUGUUCAACCCAUACUAUGGGCUUUUUGAGUAUUCUGCUACAGACAACUACACGCUACAGAUCAAUCCAAAUUCAGGCUUAUGCAACGAAGAUCACCUCACGUACUUCAAGUUUAUUGGUCGUGUUGCAGGAAUGGCUGUGUUCCAUGGCAAGCUUCUGGACGCUUUCUUCAUCCGACCUUUUUAUAAAAUGAUGCUUCAGAAACCAAUUAAUCUUCAAGACAUGGAGUCUGUUGACAGUGAAUAUUUUAACUCAUUGAUGUGGAUUUUGGAGAAUGACCCCACAGACUUGGACUUGAGAUUCACUGUUGAUGAAGAACUCUUUGGACAGACUCAUCAGCGCGAACUUAAGGCUGACGGCUCAGAAAUUGUGGUGACAAAUGAAAACAAGAACGAAUACAUCCAUCUGGUGAUACAAUGGAGGUUUGUGAACAGGAUACAAAAACAGAUGACUGCUUUCAAAGAGGGCUUUUUUGAAUUGAUUCCACUGGAUGUAAUAAAGAUUUUUGAUGAGAAUGAGCUGGAGCUCCUCAUGUGUGGAUUAGGAGAUGUGGAUGUAAAUGACUGGAAAGAAAACACAAAGUACAAGAACGGUUACUGCGCCAACCACGUAGUGAUCCAGUGGUUUUGGAAAACUGUGCUGCUGAUGGAUGCAGAGAAGCGGAUCAGACUCCUACAGUUUGUCACCGGCACGUCCAGAGUCCCCAUGAAUGGAUUUGCUGAACUGUAUGGUUCUAAUGGACCACAGCUUUUCACCAUUGAGCAGUGGGGAACGCGUGAAAAGUUACCACGGGCUCACACAUGCUUUAAUCGGCUGGACCUGCCUCCGUAUGAGUCCUUUGAAGAACUGAGAGAAAAACUGAACAUUGCCAUUGAGAACGCCCAAGGCUUUGACGGCGUGGACUAA